CAGGUGAAAAAUACUACUUACGCACCCUAUUAAACUGGGUAAAGGGACCAAGAAGUUUUGAUGAGUUAAAAACAGUUGACGGCAUAUUAUAUCCCACAUUUAGAGAUGCUUGCUAUGCUCGGGGAUUGCUUUUAGACGACAAUGAUUACAUUCAAGCCAUCACCGAGGCAGGUCUGUGGUCAACCGCACCUUCAUUGCGUGAAGUGUUUGUCACUCUACUCAUUGCGGGCGCACUGUCAAAGGCGGACUUGGUCUGGGAGAAAUGCCGUCAGUAUUUCUCAGAAGAUAUAUUGUACAAUAUGAGAAGGACACUGAAUGAUCCAGAGCACGAAAUGAAUGAUGAGGAGAUAGAGAAAUACUGUUUAGUGGAGAUAGAGAAAAUUCUACAGCUACGAGGAAGAUCAUUACGUGACUUUAUUGGAAUGCCAUUGCCUCCUGACUCAUACAUGCCUUUGAUGGAAGAUGUUCUCAUUAACGAGGAAAUGAAAUAUGAUAAAUGUGCUUUGACUGAGGAGCAUGAAAGUUUGAUGGCUGAUAUGAAUGAUGAGCAACAUGCUAUAUAUGAGGAAAUCUUGAAAUCUGUACACAGAAAAAGUGGCGGUGUAUUUUUCGUGUAUGGAUAUGGUGGUACUGGAAAAACAUACUUGUGGCGAACUUUGUCUGCGGCGCUCAGGUCCAAGGGGCAAAUAGUACUCAAUGUGGCAUCUAGCGGUAUUGCAUCAUUGCUUCUACCAGGAGGAAGGACCGCACACUCUAGAUUCGCCAUUCCACUGGAUGCAACAGAAGAUUCAACAUGCCACAUAAAGCAUGGAAGCCCAUUGGCGAGGCUUAUCGAACGUACAAGCUUGAUCAUUUGGGAUGAAUCACCGAUGACACAUAGGUUUUGCUUUGAAGCACUUGAUCGUAGCAUGAGAGAUGUCCUUCGCUACUCACAUGAUUGUGAUUCUACCAUGCCCUUUGGUGGGAAGACGGUCGUAUUUGGCGGGGACUUCAGGCAAAUAUUGCCUGUCAUUCCAAAGGGCACAAGACAAGACAUUGUGCAAGCGGCUUUGAAUUCAUCAUUUUUGUGGUCACACUGCAGGGUCUUGAAGUUGACAAAGAAUAUGAGACUCGGGCGCGUGGGAGGAACAUCAUAUACAUUACAGAUUCAAAACUUUGCCGAGUGGAUAUUGAAAAUUGGAGAUGGAGUCCUAGGGGACGGUGAUGAUGGAGAAUCAAUGGUUGACAUCCCUGAAGAAUUUAUUGCUCCUAUGACGGAUGAUCCAAUUGAAGCUAUUGUUAAGAUCACCUAUCCCGAUUUUGAAAUGCACUGUAAUGAUGUUUCUUAUUUGAAUUCCAG